CAGGGGACCGCUGCUGGACAAAAAUAGCGAGAGGGGGGGGAGCUCACUUACGGACAGAUUCAUCUCCUAGAUCCAACGAGGCAAAAAGAAGUUCGACACCAAGUUGUACCUGCUUCUGGGCGUAUUUUGGCGGGACAAACCUUUGCUCUACGGGCGGCGCUGCUAGGGGUAGCGGAGAGGGAGCGGAUGGCGUCUCUUCCAUCAAACACGGGAGGGAACAAGAGAAGAGUGUCCUACUUCUAUGAUGCCGAGAUCGGGAACUACCACUACGGGCAAGGGCACCCCAUGAAACCGCACCGUGUUCGUAUGACCCAUAACUUGGUGGUAAACUACGGUUUAUACCGCCAGAUGGAGGUGUUUCGGCCGAAGCCCAUCAGCAGCCAACACAUGACUCGCUUCCACUCCGAUGACUACAUCAACUUCCUACGGGUCAUAACACAAGACAACAUGCAGCACAACUACACUCAGCUGCAGCGCUUUAACGUCGGCGAAGACUGCCCCGUUUUCGAUGGGCUUUUCGAGUUCUGCCAGCUGUACACGUCCGGCUCCAUCGGUGGAGCCAUCCGGCUCAAUAACAAGCAGUCGGACGUGGUGAUCAACUGGGCUGGGGGCUUGCACCACGCGAAGAAGAGUGAGGCUUCUGGGUUCUGCUACGUGAACGACUGCGUAUUGGCAAUUCUAGAGCUGCUCAAGACACAUCAGCGUGUGCUGUACAUCGACAUCGACAUUCACCAUGGAGACGGCGUGGAGGAGGCCUUCUACACGACGAACCGGGUCAUGACGGUGUCUUUCCACAAGUUUGGAGAAUAUUUCCCUGGCACGGGCGACGUCAAAGAUGUUGGCGUGGCGCAGGGGAAGAACUACGCAAUCAACUUCCCGUUGGCAGACGGCAUCAACGAUCAGAGCUACCGAAGUAUCUUCAGGCCAGUCAUCGAAAAGGUGAUGGAGCACUACUCGCCGGAGGCAAUCGUAAUGCAAUGCGGAGCAGACUCCCUCUCAGGUGACCGUCUUGGCUGCUUCAACCUCUCGCUCAAGGGCCACGCUGAUUGCGUGCAAUACGUGAAAAGCUUCAAUGUGCCGCUAUUGGUGCUUGGUGGAGGAGGCUACACGCUUCGCAACGUGCCGCGCUGCUGGGCAUACGAAACUGGAGUACUUCUUGACACUGAGCCGUCGGACAUGCUUCCAUACAACGAUUACUUCGAGUACUACGGCCCCGACUACCGCUUGCACAUGCCUACGUCCAACAUGGAGGACAUGAACAAGAGGGAAACUCUGGAGGAGACCAAAAUCCAGCUGUUCGAGAUCCUUCGGUCCCUCGAAGCUGUCCCCGGGGUUCCGAUUGAAACGGGUGCUGAGGUCAAAACCCCGGCUACGUUGCGGAUGCCAGAAGAGGACGAGGAAAUGACGGAAGCGGACGACAGGCCGACAGGCGAGGGGCGGAGGCAGCACGAUGCGGAGCAAGUGGGCGAGACUUUGCGUGUACCGCCCAAGCCAGAAAUCAAGGCGAACGCAUGGCCGCUCGGAACUUGAUCGUUCGGUCUUGUCGGAAGGGGGGUCACAAUCAUCUUUCUAUCGCCAAAUCUUUGGAUGGUGGAAGUGUUAGUUUUUGUCUUUGCCGCGUUUAGCAUCGUCAAUGAACCAAAAGAUGGGAGUGCAUUUAGUGAGACGCCGCUCUUCAUUUCUGUUGCUUUCAUCUCAUCCCGUGCUGACCUUCUACUGGUAGGCUCCAAAUAUUGUUUCGAGGCUGUACCUCGUUCGUUCAAGAGAGGCAAUGGUAGAAAGGGUGUUUCGCAUUUAGGUUGGCCAAGGGUACUACGAGGAUAACCGUUAUUUUAAUAUCCGUUGC